GAAGUUCGUGAAAGGUUGGGCGAAGCCUUGCCGCAGGCUCAAAACAAGGAAUGGUUCCCUUACGGAUCAAAAACGAUGUUCUUGCUUGACUUACUGGAUAGCCUUCCACGUAUUCGGAUAUCCGACGCGUUGAUGCGGCUCAUCCUCUGGGUCAUGCGGGAGAGUGAGGCACGAGAUGUACCAAGCUUGAACCAACUUCGUAAAACGCAAGAGAGUGUUGCAAAGCAGAGUGCUGUGUCGGUGCACGAGUCCAAAUCAUCAAAGGGAAACAUCUUCUACAUGCUUGACCCCCGAGAGAUCGUGAGCAUCGUAAGACUGGUCAACACCAAGACGCGCAACUGCAUCCGAAUAUAUCCUGAGGUUCCUGAUGGCCCCAUUACAGACUUUUGGCACACUGGAAAGAUGCAUACGGGUUAUGACCUGGAUAUGUUAACGCCAAUGUGGGCUGCCGAUGGACAUUCGAAGCACUACUAUGUGAAAGAGUUUGCCCAGCUUCAUGACGGAACAUAUGUUGUGCCCGUACGGUGGGUUAUCAUGAAAGGUCAGAUGUCUGCCGAUGCCUUCAAGGUCAACACCCCCAUUGAGGUAUGUACGCAUGGAUAUUCAUUCCUCAUGUGUCAUUCUCAGGUUGAGCUUUCAGAUUUUCUUGCGGAGUCUGAUCAGAUACAAUCAUUUCUGCGCCAUAUGCCCAACAGACCGAAUCCACUCCGAGCAAUAGCGAAGGGCCAGCCGAUGUAUUCAAGCUUUGUCGACUACUGGGGAGAUGACGUAUCGGGAAACCGCUCGAAGUCGUUCAACAAACACAACAACGCGUACAUCACUCACCGUAAUCUGCCUCGGAAGCUUUUGCAGCAGGAAUACCACAUACAUUUUGUGUCGACCUCGCAAUACGCCUCCAUCCCAGAGCAGUUCAUGUCCUUCAAGAAAAUUACUCACCAAUUAUAUCAUCUAAGAUCAACACACAUGGAUCCGUUCUGUGUACACGAUGCGCGCACGCAAGCACCUGCAAAGAUACGAAUCUUCGUCAACAGCGACCCUGCUGACAACCCAAUGCAGAGCGAGAUGAGCUCGCACAUCGGGGGGGGAGGCAACUGUAAAUGUCGAAAGUGCAAGGCAGGGGGGACCAAGAAGUCCAAGGAGGCUCCGGAGGUUUAUCACUCACUCUUUGAGGCUGGUGAACCUCGUACUGCACCGGAUACAUUUCAGGAAGUUUGUGCACAACUCGAUAUGGCAUGCGAAGGAGUGAUGCAGCCCAUCAAGGAACGACAGACUGAAACCGGGGUCAAGGAUGCGUAUGCUCAAUAUUGGAUCGAGCAGCUCAUAUCCCGAUUCAAGCAAAUUCGGACUUCUGAUUUGUCGAGGACACGCGAAUCUGUGUCGAAUGAGCUGAAGUCCUGGCUACAUGAACAUGCCCACGACAUUAUCAACCCAUUUCUGACGAUGCCAGGUUUGGACAUACACCGAGAUACGCCCAUUGAACUCCUCCACACCGUUCUUCUUGGGCUUCUCAAGUACAUCUGGCAUUGGUCACACCCGGCAUGGAAGGACAGCCAGAAGAAGACGUUUUCGCUGCGUUUGGCAUCUACGAACACAGAUGCUCUAUCCAUCCCUGCUAUUCGAGCUGACUACAUCAUGCAGUAUGCUGGCUCUCUCAUCGGUCGGCAGUUUAAGAUUCUGGGCCAAACUGCGUCAUUCCAUGUGUAUGAUCUGAGUCCAACGCAUGCUCAUUAUGAUCUUUGGAAGGCCUCUGGAGAAUUAAACGCACUUCUAUGGUUUCCUGAGAUUGACCAUCUCGACGAAUACGUUGCGGAUGUCGUAACUGCGGCAGCAAAUGUCGUGGACCUCAUCACAGCCAUAGAUCCUUCGAAGAUUGUCGAAAAGACCAAGCUACACCUGCUGGCUGCGCAUCUCGAGGAGGACAUCCGAAGACACGGAAAUCUCAUCAACGCGAUCACCGAAUCCCAAGAAUCGUUCAAUGCGAUCUUCCGAUUGAGUUCUGUUUACUCUAAUCACCUUGCCCCGAGUCGCGACAUUGCUAAAAGUCUUUCGCACAUCGAGGGCAUGAAGCGUCGCCUGAAUGGUGGCUUCUGGUGUGUUGAGCAAGGGACUGGAGAUGAAUCAUGGACCCAAGCAGGGGCUGGGGUGCGUAAUUACAUGAACAUCCGCCCCAGCAUCCAACGACACCUUGGAUGGUGCGAAACCGAGCCUGCCAUCGCCGGUUCGGUUAGGCAUGUCCCGAUUGUUCGUCAGGGCAAUAAACGAACGGCGCGGCCUAUCAUCAAGCUUGCGGAUACCAAGGCCGUCAACGCCGUCAAUGCCGAUGCAUAUGAUCAAACCUCACUGUGGACACCUUGCUCGCAUGUCGUAGCACAAUCCCAAGAUGUUUGCAUGCCUGGGUCAUGGGUGUUCACCCAAUCACCGCUGAAUAACGAGGUUAUCAUCGGUCGCAUUGUUGAGAUCCUCGAUAGCACGACGACGUCGGAUGCCGUUGUGCUACUUGAUCAGUUCCAUCUGGGUUCUGAGCGACAUCGUAUCUUUAGCAUGCCUACACUUGCAAGGCGUCUUGGCGAAGUGACUAUAUUGAUCAUACCUACGAAGAGCAUACGAUUCGCCCAGAAUGUCCAGCACGAUUGCGUUGCUGGACGCUGCAGCGCUACGGGCCAACGGAAGAGAAAACAAGAGCGGAAAGAGUCGGAUAUCAUCGAGCAUUUUGUACAACACAACGAAGCGGAACAAAGCUACAUCAUCAACGCACAUGCCUUCCACAACGCACACCUUCUUCGCCGCUGCCUGCCCCGCGCACUCUGGGAGCCGAUCCUGCAUUAUGAAGACCGUACGAGCCACCACUAUGCUGCAGCAAGGCGAUAUCAGCAUAGUCAAAGUAGCAAACGGGCGAAGGCAGACGCACAGAAGAAUGCCGCAUAG